AAAAAAUAACUAACCCAUGAUGAUAUCAGUUAAUAUGUAUUUUUCUAGAAAAUAUAUUCCAAACAUCAUCUCCGUGAAUUUCAUUGCGAAGAUCUGUCCAACCGCAACAAAACAUGUUACUUGAUACUCCAUUUGUAGCAUUAUUAGUGAUUUUUAAAAAAAUUAAAAGACACACAUUUGACGCUUAGUCAUUGCGUAUACAAUUCUCUCCUAGGCACGACCAUCGAUUCAGCUCUCCCGUUAAUCUCCUCCGACGUCAGCGUAGCUUUUGCUCGCCGGCGUCGGGAUUUCCUAAGCUUCGCUCUCUUUCGAUUGGUUUUCUUUCUUUUUGUCUUCCCUUCUUCGAAUUUUUUCCCCAAUCUUUCUAAGUUUUUUCAACUUUUUCAAACCCUCUUGAACCCUUUGAUCCCCGACAGCUACUCAUUAUCCAGCGACAAAAGACAGAGGUGGUUUCCCCCCUAAAGAAACCUCCACUUGGGCUUCGUUGAUGGCAAAAAUCUCUCUCUUGGACCAUCAGAUGCGCCAUGUCCGGUGGAGACGUCGACGGCGCACAUCGAUUUCUUCUUCAGGUCAACGGUUUUUCCUUCUAGAAAAGCUUUGUCUCUCAGCCUCUGUUUCGGACCGUAGUCAUAGUCUGCUAUUGUCGAAUCAUCAAACGCCGGAGAUGCUUUAUUCAUCUCAGAUCUCUCCUUCAUUUUUGGUAAGCCGCCGCAUCUGCUUUCUCCCUUGGUUUGCAGUUGCGAGAUUAGGGUUUUGUCUGGUGGGCCUUGUCCCCAGUUUUGGCCCAAAAUCAAUUAUGAAGCCCAAACCCACUUCAAUUAAACCCAGGUCUGCUAUUCUAUUUAUUUUGUCAAUCUUUAGACAAUGUUUGUGUCGACAUUACACUUUCAAUGGUCAAGGAAACCAUCUGAGACUUCAUUCUCCACCUUCGUUGCUUUGGAUUAACAAUCACUCCCUGAGAAUCCUGGAUUUUGCUUCAGCUAUGGCUAUGAUUUAUGAUUCCAAGAGUUUGAAGUCUUAUGGUUUUUUGUUCCCAAACUCAAUUUGUUGGAGUUUUGAAGACAGUCAUGGAAGAUCUGUGACUAUGUUUCAAUAUCUGACAAUCCUAUCUAAAGAUUUCAAACACCGUCCAAUUACAAUCUCUUCUAAGUUUCGGAUCCUUCUCUUCCAAGAAGAUAUCGAGUGUUAUAAGAGAGAUCAUGAGCCCCUGUUUUGUGCCUCAAAGCAAGCUUUACCCGACUACAAAUCCGUAGCCUCCCGAAGCCUAGCCGAUGCACUACUCCGUGUAGCUCUUCUUGCGUCGGCGAGAACCUUGGCUUUGCUUUCUUCAUCAACGUCACCUUGUCUCAUGACAGUGACCAUCUUGUCAUCCAUCGAAUUGUUCGUGGAAGAUCUUUCGACUAACCGUGAUCUCACAUGUGCCAAAACGCUUCAUAGCCUUUGUCUCAAAGCUCUCAUGGAAUCCUUGUCGAUCUACUUUAUCUAUAUUGUUAAGGCAUUGGGGAAUGUCCAUCUUUGUUAUGUUUUAAACUUUGAGUAUCUUCAAAUCCUCCUCUUUGUACUUGGAAUUAUUUGAAUGAAUUGUAACAAGUAUUUUGAACCAAAAAAAAAGAAGUGAUUUUUAAAAAAUUUAUACACAAAUUCAUAAAAUACAUAAUUUUAAUUUAAUUUAUCUCUUUUACAUAAAACACCAUUGAGUAAAAUGAUAUCAACCAAUAAAAAUAUAUACUCUAAAAUAUAUUGGGUAAAAAAAAAAAAUUGCAUAAAAAUUUGAAAAUAUCACUUAAAAUGAAAAAACAAUUUUUUUUUAAAACAUGACUUAUAGUCUUAUAGACUUAUGGUGAUACACAGGGAUAUUAAAAUUCAGCUAAAAGAAAAUUAAAGAUCCGACCCAAAUUCCAAAAAAAAAAACCAACCAAAGUUUAACACAGCCCAAAACAAAUAAGUUAACUGAACCCAACUACAUAUAUAACCCGACCCUCCCCAAAUGACAUUAAAUCAAUCAAAUAGAUUUCUCUAUGUUGAACAAAAAAAAAAAAACUUUACUCUA